CGUUGGACUCGCUCUGUCUGCGGAGGGUCUUCGGCAUGGACAGCAGCUUCACUCCUCAACUUUUCCACGGAGCUUCUACCGCAGCUGCUUUUAGUUUCAGACGGUUUGGAAAUGGAUUUCAGAGCGGAAUGAGUCAGAGCUGAGCCCCUAGGCGAGUUAAACUGUUGAAACUACAUUUUCUCCCUCUUUCAGUUCGAGUUGUUUAAAGGAAGAAGAGGAAAAAUGCCAGUUGCACCUCUUCUGCCUUUCACCGUGACCCCGAAUAGGAAGUCUGCCAUCCCGACUUCUUUCAGAUUAACGGAGAAAUUUAUUUUGUUGUUGGUGUUCAGCGCUUUUAUUACUCUCUGCAUCGGGGCUAUUUUCUUCCUGCCGGACUCUUCAAAGCUGCUUAGUGGAGGUUUCUUCCGUUCUUCCCCCGCGGUGGAGACCAACACCCGUACCGGUCUGGAGAGCAGCAACUCCGGUUCGGCUGGGAACGUCGAAAGGGUCCUGGAUAAAAUUAAAAAAGACCACGAACAAGCGCUGCUUGAGGCCAAAGACACUCUGCAGAAACGACCGGAGGAUAUAAAGAAUGACAUCUUAAACGAGAAGAAAAAAGUUGGGAAUGACGGUCCGGGUCAAGGUGGGAAGGAUGUCAAUAAUUUACCUAUCGUUGAGUACCGACGUCCGAUUGGGGCGACUGGACAGGAACCGGUGGACCCCGAAACCAGGGAGAGACGAGCUAAAAUUAAAGAGAUGAUGAAGCACGCAUGGGACGGUUACCGGCGCUACGCCUGGGGUUCCAAUGAGCUCAGGCCUGUCUCCAAACAAGGCCACUCCAGCAAUCUAUUUGGGAGUAUAAAAGGAGCAACAAUAGUGGACGCUCUGGACACCCUCUACGUCAUGGAAAUGUUUGAGGAGUUUGAUGCGGCUGCGGAGUGGGUGGAGAAAAACCUUGACUUUAAUGUGAAUGCAGAAGUUUCUGUGUUUGAGGUAAACAUCAGGUUUGUCGGAGGUCUGCUGUCCGCCUACUACCUGUCUGGAAAAGAGGUGUUUCGUAGAAAGGCGGUAGAGCUGGGAGAAAAGCUGUUGCCAGCCUUCAAAACGCCCACAGGCAUCCCCUGGGCCCUGCUCAACCUCAAGAGUGGGAUAGGUAGAAACUGGCCAUGGGCCUCAGGUGGGAGCAGCAUCCUGGCAGAGUAUGGCACGCUGCAUCUGGAGUUCAUGCAUCUCAGCAGACUCUCAGGAAAACCAGAGUUUGCUCAGAAGGUAAUGAACAUCAGGAAAGUACUCAACCGCCUGGACAAACCUCAGGGGCUCUAUCCGAACUACCUGAACCCAAACAGCGGCCAGUGGGGUCAACAUCACGUGUCUGUUGGUGGCCUGGGUGACAGCUUCUAUGAGUAUCUGCUGAAGGCCUGGCUUAUGUCCGACAAGAGCGACGAGGAGGGGAAGAAGAUGUACUACGAUUCCCUCCAGGCCAUAGAAACCAACCUGAUGAGGAAGUCCAGCAGUGGGCUCACCUAUAUCGCGGAGUGGAAGGGGGGGCUGCUGGAGCACAAGAUGGGCCACCUGACAUGUUUCGCCGGAGGAAUGAUCGCUCUGGGCGCUGACGGGGCACCCGGCGACAAGACGGGUCACCAGAUGGAGCUGGCAGCGGAGAUCGCUCGUACGUGCCACGAGUCCUACGCCAGGACGGCUCUGAAGCUCGGCCCAGAAGCGUUCCGUUUCGACGGCGGGGUCGAGGCCAUCGCCACCCGCCAGAACGAGAAGUAUUUCAUCCUGCGUCCGGAGGUCAUCGAGACCUACUUGUACAUGUGGAGGUUCACCCACGACCCCAAGUACAGGGAGUGGGGCUGGGAGGCUGUUCAGGCCCUGGAGAAGCACUGCAGAGUGGAGGGAGGCUACAGCGGCCUCAGAGACGUCUACGCUUCCUCUCCCAACCAUGACGACGUACAGCAGAGCUUUUACUUGGCUGAGACACUAAAGUAUCUCUACCUGCUCUUCUCCGAUGAUGACCACCUACCGUUUGACCAUUGGGUCUUCAACACCGAGGCUCAUCCUCUGCCCGUCAUCAGGAAGGAUCAAACAGACCAGCCCAACGAAGUGGAGUAGCGGACCCACUGAGCACCUCCUAUCCUGUAUAUCUGAGCCUCCAGCUGUCUGUCUGAAACUCUUUCAGAGCCCAAAGUGGUGACAGGUUCUUCCUGAGCAGAUUUUACGUUGUGUUUUUGUUUAUAUGGGAUCCGUGGGAACCGACUUCUCCCUCUAGACUCGAUCGCUACUUUUAUUUUUGGGGAGGCCCUUCUAAGUGGAUCCGGAGCAACAGGUUUACUGUGGGAUAGCUCAUGAAAACUCGGGUUCGUGUUGGUUCAGAGAGAACCAGCUGCUACAGAGUGACAAUCGAAGCCGUUUCAGGAGGUUGGUUGUUUGUUGCUGCAGCUUUUUUUAUGUUUUUAAGAGGAGCUGUUGCUGUAAACGGAGCCCAGGAGGAGGACUGGGAUGACACGUAGACCUAAAAGAUGCUCCGUUUUUUUUUUUUUUUUUUUUUUUUUUUUUUUUUUUUUUUUGUUCUUGAUUUACAUUUUGAUGUUCAUCCUCUGAUUAGGAGCCAGUUUUCUCGUCACCACCACCUGUUGUCUUGGCAGCGCUGGGAUUAUUUUGUGUCUGUGGGAGUUAAACGGGAUGACGCAGCACAACCAGAGCCUUCUUCUGGAUGUUAGAACUUCUCUCUACCUGUCAGGAACUCUCUUCCACCUCGUUUCCUCUCAGCCUUCCUUCUGUCUGGCUUUUAGAGUCGUCUGGAUUUGUCCACAUCUCCAACAGGGUUCGUCCAGCAUGGGGACUUAAACCUGAUCCUGAUUUUUCUCUAGCAUGCUGGUCCAGCCCUGGUUUACUGUAUUAUCAGCUGUUUGUGUUUGCGUCCAGCAUCAGGCAGGCUGUAGGAUCUUCUCUCCUCUGUGAGGACACUAAAAUACCACCUCCAUACAAACAUAAAGCCAUACAGAUGUAACGCAGCUUUACUCGUUUCAUACGUUUGUGAUUUUCUUUGUUAAAGAUUUCUCCCGAUGCCACAGAGAAGUGUAGCCAGAUUUAACCCAGUUCAGUCUUCGAUUUAGUGCCUUCACCGAUCCGGAGAAGGAGCAGCUCCCACAAACCAGGGAGGGAAGUUUUGGUAGUCUUUUCAGCUUUAAGUAAGUUCUCUGUUCAGGAUUAUACCAAAACCCAGACACGGAUUGUAGGAUUACACCAACUUUCUGAUAAUAAGUUCAUCCUACAACAAUCAGAGGAAGCAUACCGCUAACGUUUCAUCUGAAUAUAACAAUCCAUACCCUAAUUGUUCUAAUGGCUGUAGAGAGACCUGGUCUGGUUAUUUCUUUGAUUAUGGUGACACCUGGUGGUGGCAAGUCAACAUUACAUUAACAUUAAGAGCUGCAGAGUCCUGCUUCAGACAGCAGCAUUUAAGAUCUGAGGUCCUUAAGGUCCAACUCUCUGGUUCUCCACCAACAUGAAGCUCUGGAUCGCCCUCGUUUUACACCAAAGAACCAACCAGAUGUAGAAAAACGCCCCUGAAAGACGAGCAGCUCUUCCCGUAGUCCUCAAAGGGACAGGUCUACCAUUUUAAAGUGGGAUUCUGUGGAAACAGAACGAAUCAAGUCAAAUCUUUCACUGGCUAAUCUGGAAUUCAGAAAUCAGAUUUUUGUCCGGUCUGUGAACGCAGCAUUCACAGAACCGCCAUUUUUAAGCUGAUCCUGGUAACUAGUCCUACAAGAUGCACCAGAUGUAGCACUAGAUUUUGACAGCAGGAUGCUGAACAGCUUCAGUUCAGAGAAAUAGUAACGGUAACGGCUAGUCUGAAUCAGCCAGAACCAUAGUGUGUUUCUGCUGGCUGUUAUUAACACUAUUUCUACAAACUGAGGCUGCUCAGGAGCAACAAGUUAAAUGGUAAUAAUUAAAGUUUUAUAAAUAAACAGACUUUAAUCUGACAGAAAUCCCUCUAAAGGAGAAUCCUGAGAUUUUUGAUGUUCGUCUGAUUUCAGCUUCUUCUGUUCGCUGCUACAGGAAGACGAGAGUUCAGAGUUCACGGUUUGAUUCUUUUACUCACCUGAUCACUUUAAGUCCAUCCUUUUAUCAGCCGUCCUCUGAGUUUAUGAUCUGUGAGUUUUUCUGACCAAAGCCACGACACGCGGUGUUGAUUUCAUUUGUUUACGUUUUACUGUAACAGCUGAUUUUGUUAAUUUAUUUGUAGUAGGGAUCAUAGGACACGCCGACCUCAAGGUGGCGCUGUGGGUUUAUUAGAUGAGGAAAGCAGCGGCUGGCAGACAGCUGUUGGACAGAAGAGACGGGCAGAGGGCGGACGGAAGUGAAUGUACCGUCUGAUGUGAAGAGAAGAUUACUUUUGUUUUCACCUUCGGUUUAGUUUUUAUCUAAGCACAAAAGAAGCUGAGGAAACGUGAUUUGAAUCAUAACUGAUAAAAACACAACGUGUGGAAACAUCAAAUCAUCUUCAGGGUGAAGAAUAAUCGUUCUUCAGGACAUAAAAACACAGAAAACCUGAAUCUUUGAUCAGUUUCUGCUUCGUUAUUUCAUUCAACAAACAGUGACUGAUUUUAUUAUUAAAGAGAGUUUAAAGAGAAAACUGGACAAAAGAGAGAUUUUUGUUUGGAAAAGCAGAAUUUUGUUGCAGAAAAUUUGUUGAGUUUCUCUUUUUGGGUUUAUUUUGAGACCGUAGCUAAAUGUUAAAAGCUAAAAAUAUUUAGCAUUUCCUAAUUAAUUACAGUUUUUCCCUAAAUUUCUCUUAAAUUUUUGGUUUUGAGUAAACAUUUUGUUAAAAAUCGGGUUGAAUUUACUGAAUCUUAUCCUUUUAUCUGCUUCCCAGACUGAUGUAGUUUAAAAACAUUCGAUUCGAGGUUAAACAGAAGAAGUUUAGGAUAAAAGUGGUUUUCUGGUGAUUUUUUUUAUUCACAGAUGUUAUAAAAUGUUAAAGGGCUGAUCCACAGCAUUCCUCUCCCAGUUUUCUCCGAUCCGUGCAGAAUGUAUCAUCCUUUCACAUUUGAGUCGUCUAAAAUAAAAGGAUGAUUCUCAGAUUCAUGUGUUUACUGAAGCCUUUCUGUCCGCAUCAGAGGAGGAUUUCAUGUGUUCAUCCUCCCAUCAGAACCACUGAUUUGCUGUAGUUUUCUUUUCAAACGUGUGAAAACAACCUCAGAAACGUGCAAAUAUGUCACUGAUAAUCAUUCCAUUGCACCUUGUUCUGUUUGUCUGUAUGAAAUGUUUUAAUUUUGUGGGGAAAUUUGGUUUUAUUGUGUUAAAUAUUAUAAUUAUUAUUAUUGAGAUGAAAUGUAAAUAAUCCACUACGGCAGAUGAGCCGUUUGGCAUUUAUAUGAAAACCUUCUGAGCUUCAAAUGAUUCAGAUGAUAUUAAUGAGCAGCAGACUUUUUAAUAAACUAUAUUUGUUACACUUCUAUUGUGAAUAAAACAUCUUUUAAUACA